AUGCCUGACGGCCAUCCACCAUCCCCGCCUCUCUCACUGCCACUACAAUCUACCCCCCUCACCCAGGCACUGCAAACCGUCAUUGGCAGCACGCCUGCGCGGCCGUCGCGCCUGCUGCCCGUCUCGUGGGCGCGCACCGUGCCCGAGGGCCAUCUGGUGGAGCAGGCGCUGGCGCUGCUGCUGUGGGGCCCGCAGCGCCUGCCCGCCCUGCGCACCGGCAAGUGGUCCGCCAAGCGCCUUGCGCUGCUGCUGAAAGGAGGACAGCGAGCGGAGGAGCGUGCAGGGAGGAGGGGGGGGACGUUGAUGUCACCCAGAGAGCUGUUCCUGAUGAGUAAGGGCGGGCAGGGGAGCGGGUUGGGGAAGGGCGGUGAGGAGGAGGAAGAGGAGCGGAGCGGCAGGGGGGAUGCGUGGAGUGGCGCUGCUGGGGGGCUCAGACCUCUGGGGCGGUCGGCUUCCUGGAAGCUUCAGUCGUCAGUGUCGUUUUGGAAAGGGAGGGAGGGGGCCGGGUCGAUGGCAAGUGCUGUAUCAGUGGGAGAAGAGGAGGAGGAUGAGGACGAGGAGGAAGAGAGGGGGUUUGGAGAUCGGAUUCAGAUGAAACUGGAGAAGGCUGUGCAAGUGGCAAGGGGCAACGUGAGGGGCAACGUGAGGGGCAACGUGAGGGGCGAGCAUCUGCUGCGGCCGGUGUACAGCGGGGUGCGGGCGGCGGUGGACAUCAUUCAGUGGAAGGAGCCACUCGCCACCAUCCUCGCCGCCAUGCUCUGCCUCUUCCUCGUCAACGGGCAAGCCCCUCCCCGCCUCAAUACGUUUAGGCAAUGCCCCUUGCCCCAAUUCUCCGUUUUCCUGCCCCUGCCUCUCCUGUCCGUCUUCUCGAUUGCCGUGCUUCCCUCCAGGGGAUACUUCUGGCUGCUACCAGCGCUGCUGCUGCUGCUGCUCGCCGCCAUCAUCAUCUUCUACCGCAUCACCAACCCCUCCUCGCCGCCGCCACAACCCCCCUCUCUCCCCCACGGCCCCGGCUCCCCCAAGUCGACAGCCUCACAGCUGCCCCUCGGCAGCCCCGCCCUGGCGUCCUCGCCGGCGCCACCAGCGUCAGCAGCGGGGGGGCGGUGGGGCAGGGGGGGCGGGGCGAUGCGGGUGCUGGUGGUGGAGAUGGAGCCGUCGCCCACCACGAUGGGGGCGGUGAUGAUGGUGAAGGACGGCAUCGCGGCGGCGCUCACCGUGUUCCAGCGCAUCAACGUGGCGCUGCUCAAAGUGCGCAGCAUCUUCCAGUCCGCCGAGCCACAGGUGCGUGCACUGGGGCACAUGGGUGCAGGGGAGCAGCUGGUGCGUCACCCCUCCCCCUGUGCGUCACCCCUCCCCCUGCGCGUCACCCCUCCCCCUCUGCAUCACCCCGCCCCCCCACAGCUCACUGACAAGGUGCUGCUGCUGCUGUUGGCGGGGGCGGCAGCAGCUGUGGUGGUGCCGCUGCUGGUGCCGGCGCGGGUGAUCGGCACGGUGGCAGUGCUGCACAUCUUCUCCGCCUACUUCAACUUCCAAAAGCAGAAGGGCGGCCCGCAGACCUCCUCCAUGGGGCACAAGCUGCGCCGCUGGUGGCAGCUCGUGCCCGUCCCCCCCGUCAGGGUCGUUGUCGCCGGCUCUGCUGCCGCCGCUGCGGCGUCCACAACUGCCUUGGGUGGCGACAAGCUGAAGUGA